UAUAAAAGGAACCAGAUGCUUCACUUUUCCCACAGUGAUGAACUUUUCGCCACAGGAAUAAAUCCAGAGUAACCUGAAUAAUGGGUGCCCAGGUUUCAGUCAGGAAUAAUACUCCUUAUCACUGGUACUACGCCCGUCGGGGCGGCGGGUAUAACUACAUUGGUCCUAGUGGCUCAGCAUCCUAUGAGGAGGGCAAGGCAAUCCAUUGCUACAUACAUUUCAGAUACGGAAAUCACAGCUGGGACAGUUUUGUCUAUGAGUUUAACACCCAUAAAGGUGACACCACGUUCACUUUAAGCGAAACCUACAACCGUUCCCAGAUUCAGCUCUACUGCACCUCCGAGGGGAUCUCUCAGUACUGUCAGAACUACGGAAAAAUUGAAGAAGAUGAAAGAUACAGACGGCAAGAGGAGGAGAGGAGACGCUUGGAACGUUUGGAACAGGAGAGAAGGGAACAGGAAAGGAGACAACGUGAAGAAGCUGAAAGAAAGAGGCGGCAAGAGGAGGAGAGAAGACGCUUAGAACGUUUGGAACAUGAGCGAAGGAUUCAGGAGGAACUGGACAGAGAAAGUAAGUUGUCCAGACAGAGGCUUUCUAGAGCAACUGAGCGACUUCGUGAAAAACAAAGCUUCAGAGGUCACCAACAGCAUCAUGAACGCACACAAGCUCUCCAUCUGCAAAUAGAAGAUGAUGCUGCUGCGAUCGAGAGAGAUGAGGUUUUAGAUGUUGAAGAAAAAUUCAAAGAGCUUUUGUCAAAAUACCAUAUCACAGAAGAUAAAGAAGUACAGCAGUACAUGAUUUGGAGCAGGAUUAAGACACUUCAGAAUGAACUUACAGUUCAAUAUUGUACAGAAAACAAUCUUUCCAUGUGGUCUCAGUUUACUUUUGAUUGUGCUGUAGGAUAUAAUGAUUUCUCUCUUACUGAGAAGCUCACACUGCUUGAGGCAUCUCUACAGUUCAUCUUACAUGGGAGAGCUAAAGAUGAUGGAGAUCAGCCGCCAGGCUGGGAGAAGAAGUACAACUUCCUUUUGGGUUUGGUGCAGCGGCUUCAAACAACAAAUCCAACUUUGGCCAAACACAUUUUAUUAAAUGCACUUGACAUGAUUUUAGAGCUGUCACCUCAAAGUAGAAACAUUUUGGGUCAGAUGUUGUUCAACAAGAUUUGGACACCAGAAGAAAUAAUGCUUGUCAUUUGCAAAAGCCCAGUUAUUAAAAGUGAUCUCCUCGAUUCACUUCUCCACACAGCACAAACCUACCACCUGGACUGCAUCCUGGUUCUCUCUGCUCUUAAAAAUGAAAACCCUUUAAUGUUUCUUCAAGAACAAGUAAGAAAUGACAAGGAAAAAGAUGCAGACACCAUUGUGAAGGAACUCCGUGAAGCAAACUGCCCAGAGCAAGUCUUGGUGCUUUUGAAGGAUGUGCUGCGAUACAUAGAGUCAGAACUCCCAAAAUAUCAAUCAAAGGACCUUACUAAGGAAGAAAUUGAGGAUUUGAAAAGUAAAAUAAGAUCUCUGGAUCUUACAAACCCAGAUAUCAACAUUCUGAAGUAUGUGUUAAUACGAAUGUCAGUAGCAGUACAAGACUGCACAACCAUCACUACAAAAGACAAACAGGAGAUUCCUGGCUAUUUUCCAAGACUAACACAACUAGCAUCAUUACUUUUGCUUCUUCUGCCACAGCUGACAAGCAAUAAAGGAUGUCUUCUGGAGAUUGGCACAGGUGAGGGCAAGUCCUGUAUCUUAGCCAUGUUUGCUACCAUUCGUGCCAUUCUUGGAACAAAAGUGGACAUUGUGACCAGCUCUUCGAUUCUUGCCCGACGAGACCAAGAAGAGUGGAAAAUUUUUUUUCAAAUGUUUGGUGUUACCUCGUCUGUAGUACCUCCGCCUUUCUCCAAUAACGAUUCACCAGAAGAACAAGAAAAAUGUCUUAAAGAUGCAUAUAGACAACAAAUAGUAUAUGGCACAAUCGGAGUCUUUGCAGCAGACAUACUUAAACAGGAAUUUGAGAAGAGGACUAUUCGUGAUACAAGGCAGUUUGAGCUUGUAAUAGUCGAUGAAGUGGACUAUAUGACGUUGGACAAUGGAGUUCAAGUGACAUUCUUAUCACAUGAAUCAAGUGGAUUUAGGCAUGUGGAGCAAGUGCUUUCCAACAUAUGGGUCAUGCUAUCUAACUGUCAACCAAUUGAACUGCUUGAAACCGGUGAGAUAAUGUGGGCGACAAGAAUGCAGUACUUUCAUAAAUCUGUAACAGCAGCUGUUAUGGCACAGGAACCAUCAGACAACUUCUCGGCUAAUGAAAUCUUGCUGCCUGGAGUGCCUUUAGGGUUCUACACCCAGGAGGAUAUUGAAAUGAUCCUAGCUGAGAGCAAGAAAAAGGAAGAAAACCAAGUUGAUGGGAAUGAGGACGGAAUGUCGAAGGCAUUAUCUGAAGUCAUGAAGAAACUUGGAGUAUCACAACAGUAUGAUCUUCUGAGUGUAUUUGAGGAGGUCUUGGAGAACAGCGUAGUAUUUAAGUGCUAUUCUUUAGAGAACAAGAAAGCCAAAUUCUUUGGAGCUCGAGAAAAACCAGCUGAGCUCAUUGUAGAAAUGCUACUACUGGAAGGAGGAUUUGCGUGCGAAAUCAUGUCUGAGAAAUCACUCAUUGAUGCAACUGUAAGCACAAUACAGUCGUUUAUCCAGUACUCAGAUAACCUUCGAAUGGCUGAAGAAUCCCAAAAAUGUAUUGUCAUCCCUGCUUUCUUGAAAAGCUAUGUGGAGAAUCAGUUACCAGUUUUUGUCGAGAACGCUCUGAAGGCUCUUGAGAUGUCCCAGGGCCGUGAGUACAUGAUCGAUACCUCACAGGCCGCUGAAAGGAAAGUUGCUGACAGUCUUGACAGUCAAGAGUACAAUGCAAUAAUUCCAGUCGACUUUAAAGCGAGUGGUGUAUUGGAGAAAAACAAAAAGUGGGGUAAUGGUCUGCAACAGUUUCUGGAGUUUAAGCACCGUCUUGCAAUUUCACCAAUAUCAAAUGUGACAAACUACAUGUCAAAUUUCUAUUUCUUUAAAAGGUACCUCAAGGGAAGUGGUAUAUUUGGUGUUUCUGGAACUUUAGGAGGUAAGGCAGAUCGAGACUUUCUGGCAAGACAUUAUAAAGCAGAGAGUUACACUAUACCUGCACAUCGCCAUAAAAGGCUGGUCGAACUUCCAGUCAUCCAGGUAAAAGGUGGAAAUAACAAAUGGAUCCAGACUAUUUGUGAAACCUCAUGGAAGGUAGCAGAGCAAGGACAAGUUGUCUUGGUCAUUUGCGAAGAUGUUAAAACAGCUGAUGUACUACAUGAGAAAAUACAAGAUGGAGGCAGAUUUAAGCCAGAACAGAUUACCUUGUACACAAUCAGCGAGAAGCACGAUGUUGAAAAAAAGAAGUUCUGUGGAGGACGGAUUAUCAUAGCAACAAAUCUCGGAGGACGGGGGACAGACAUAAAGGUUGAUCAAAGAGUGAAUGAGCGUGGUGGUCUGUUCGUUCUUCUUACUCACUUUCCACACAACCGAAGAGUGGAGAAACAAAUAUUUGGUCGUACAUCUCGAAAAGGCAAUCCCGGCAUGGUCCAGAUGGUUGUGAACUGUGAUCAUCUCGCACCUGCGUACCAAGGUCAGUCUGUGGAAAUCAUGCGACAGCUAAGAGAGGAUUAUGAAAUUAAACGAAUCCACGACAUGGAAAGUGAUGAGCUGGUUGAAAUAAAUCUAAAAGAAAACCUGUUCCACACAUUUUGUAUGUUGCUGAAGAACUUUGAUGAUAAUUACACACAGGAUGAAAAACAGGACCCCAUGCGAUUGCAUCUUAAUGAUAUCCCUGAUUGCUUUAAGUGUUAUCAGCAUAAGUUUGAUUAUCAGCCUGCUAUCAAUGCUUUGAAGGAAUCGUGGGCAUUGUGGUUGACUCUUCAUGAGGAACACAUCAAUAGGCAUGAUGACAUUAGUGAACUUCAAGCAGACCUCAUCAGGACGAUCACUGAAACAAGUCGAAAGCUACUACAAGGCGAAUGUGAUAAUUUUUACGAUUAUGUUAGACAGGCAAUUGUAAGAACUGAUCUACACUGCCGGGACAAAUCCACCAGUGACUAUGGAGCUGAAUCCUAUUGGAAAAAAGUUGCAACCUCUGACCCACACUACAAGGCUGUAGCACUUUAUAACCAGGCGUACAUCACCAUUAACCUAGGCAGGGAUAACUGUAUAGCAGAGGCACUGAACCUGCUGAAAGAUGCAAAGAAAUCCAUAAAUGUCCACAUCUCUGAAGUCUCAAACACAAUGAUCUCGUGUAACUUAGCCAUUACUGGUAACAAAGAUCAGAGCUCAAACUACAACAACUUUCAAAGUCAAAUGGAGGCCAGAAUGAACAUCUUUAAGUCUUGGAUAACGUACAUUGAUAAUGCAGUAAGUAAACUUGGAGAACUGCAAAACAACAAGAAAGAAGCUGUUACUGAGAGCUGUUCGGUCUACAUGCUGUCUGGAAACGAGAACUUCAUCACCACAAACGAGCUCAGAGCGUUAUAUGACCACGGCCUUGGUGUUGUUUUUGAGGUGAAAGAGAAGCCGAAGUUUUGCUUCGAUGCUUUGAUAUGUUUCUUUCUCGGUGUGGUACAGGUGCUGGCUGGGGUUCUUGUUUGUGCACUGACGCUUGGAACGGCUAGCCAGUUUGGAUUGGGUCUGAUUGCUGAAGGGGUUUCUGACAUGAUUAGUGGAAUAGAAGGAAUGGUAAAGGGCACAUUUGAUUGGGCAUCAUGGGCAAUAUCUAAGAGUAUCAGCAUUGGGCUUUCUUUGCUAACGGCUGGGUUUAGCAUAAUCAAGAAAGCAGCUACAUCAGUGUUUAAAGUGACAAAAGGUCUUCUCACUGGCACAAAGUCUUUUACGUCUGUUGCCUCUGACGUCAUGAAAUCAGGAAAGGCACUGUUUACCUCUGUUAAACAAGGCUUUCAUUCUGGUGUUUCUCAUCUCAGUAAGGAAUCUUUAAAGUCUGCAGUGAAAACCAUGACGUCUUCUACGGUGCUCAAACAGAACUUCAAACAUGCGACUAAAUAUGCAGUUCAGGAAAUUGGGAAAAAGUCUGCAGUCUUUGCUAUCAACUAUGCAAUCGAUGCAGCACUUGAGAAAGUCUUUAAGGACAUUUUAGUAAGUGUUUUUAAGAAUACGGUCAUGUCAUUAGUGAAGCAGAAUUAUAUACUGGAUCAUACUCUUGUCGAGUUUAUCAGCUCGGGUGUCCCAAAAGCUGCCUUGAAUAAAGAGAACUUCAAGAUUGACCAGGAAUAUGAGAAGAAACUGAACCAAUCAGUCAAUUUUCUCUGCCAAGAGGUAACUCCUUACCUAAUACAGGACUGCACCAAAGAACGAGAGGUUAUCAGCAGGCUCUCUGAGGUGUGUGAACAAGCAACAGAGCUAAUGAAAAAAGCACAACUGUCAGGUGUGCAUGAAACGGCAAAGCUCAUUCUGAAAGUAGCUGAUUACUCAUCACGCUUUGAUAAAAUACUGAAGGCCAUUCCAACACAAAACAUGAUCGACCAAAACUUUGUUCCUCUGCUAAUGGAAAGCAUCAAUGAGCUUCAUUCAAUGACAAAGUAUGACCAAGAUGGACGACACAAUUUACACGAUGUACAACGCCUUAAAGGAGAGCUUCUACAGAUUAUUGCUCAAAAGGUUUCGGAGCAAUUAGUCAAUUCCUGUUAUGAACACAUAAAUUUUUUCCUGACCUGCAAAGUUAAGAGUCAGCUUGCCAGUACUGUUGGACAGGCAGUAGACCGAGUCAUGAGCAGGGCUCAUACUGAUCGUUUCUUUAAUGACCAGCGGAAAAAACACAACAAAAAAUCUGCGAGUCACAAGCAAGUGGAACUGCAGUCAGCUGAGAACACAACAGAGCUGGUGCAGUAUGCAGAGGAUAUGAGCAAAGACGAUCGGCCGGCUACAGCACUCGAUAUGUACGUGCUCACAAAAAGUAACCUGCUGCGCGGAAAAGGAAUUCAACUCAGCGUUGUUGAUGAAAACGGAAAAACGCUGACCGAGGAACGGUACCCAGGAGCCAACAAGUCAGCAGGAGAUAUAAAACUGAUACUAACCAAAUCAACUACAGGCCAGCCUUCACCACAAGCUGGUGCAGAGCUGUGCAGCGGCCAUUUUGACAUCAUACAAGAUGAUAGCAAGAUAGUCAGUGUCGAUGUGGAUCACCAGAAUGGCAUUUAUCAUGCAUUAGCACAAGCAAGCGGUGCCAAGAUGGAAGACGUGAAUAAAGAAGCUUUGGUGCUACAAAACAAAGUGAAAAAUGAGAUCCGGACAAAUCUUGGGACAUACGCACCCAUGAUCAAUCUCCAAAGAGGAUAUGACCUCUCUCACAAAAGUCCUGGUAAAUACGGUGUACCUAGAGGAAGUAAAAAGGAGGCGGACUCUGCGCUGCAGGAAUACUUACAGAGCACUACUUUCAUUAGAAGUGAUGAGCGCAUCCUCAUCAAAAUGUACCAUCUCGGAUUUGUUGGUGAAAACGAAAGAGUUCUAAGUGCCCGGGAGUGCAGAAGGAGCACCACUAGGACCCUGGACACCAGCCAUAUUCCACCGAAAGACUCCAUCAGACGAGCUCUGGAGGUCAUAGAAAGCUCUGCCUCAGUGAAUGAGUUUAAAAAUAAAAACCCUGGGCUUUAUAAACUGAUCAGCAGGAUAAAGACUGAUAAUAACGGACUGAGUCUGAUUGCCAUGGAGGUUUUGGGCCAAGAUCACAGGCGAGCUUUAACUACAGGCCCGAGCAGCCUCUCACAGGCGGCCAGGAAACUUCUCGCGGACACCAUGAUUAGUGGAGACGUGGCGCUUCUGCUGAAACGCUGCAUGAUCCUCCAUCACCCACUGACCUCACAAAAGCUCAAAGACGCUCUGGGUGACACUGCUCCGACUCAGAGUCCUGUUUUGUCUGAUGAUGGUGUCCGAGGCUACUACAAAGCAGGAUACAGGAGCCUGGUAUGGGAGUACAGCCGUCUGGGGGUCCUGGAUCAGAACCAGCGUGAGCAUCUGAAUGCGUGGGUGAUUGAGGACCAGCACGAGGACGCUCACACCGCAGAGUACCACCAGGUUCUGCAGGGAUUAGCUGGAAAAGAAGAGAGAGAACUUGUCAAGUCUUAAUGACCUGUGUUCUCCUAUAGAUAAGAUGAUAAAAUGAUCAUGAUAAAAAUAAUAGUACUGAUGAUUACAAUGUGAUGAUGAUGGCUACAGUGUUUUGUUUUUUUUAAUUGCAAAACAAAAACCAAAAAACUAACAAACAUUGAAUCAAGCAAAGAUAUCAGGUUCUACUCUCAAGUCAUUGUUUUAAUCAUUUAAAAAGUUGGGUAAUUUUGUGUGUUUUUGUAGUUACAUAAGUGUGCUUUAUAAGUGUUUUUUGUGUUUAAAUGCGCUACAGAAUUAUUGCAACUAAUAUGAAUUGAAUUAUAAUGAUUUCAGGAUUAAAUUUGUAAAAAUAUAUAUAAGAAAAUAAAUCAAAUUUAAAACCAGG